AUGGAUGGAAUCAAACAAGAAGUUCGAAGGGUUUGUGAGGUUCAAAAUGAAAUUCCUAGAUCUGAGGAACAACUUGAUUAUCGAGCUAAGAUUGAAGGGGAGUUAGCCAAAGACUUGAAAAGGAUAGCCCCACCAAAGUUUGAUGGCAAGACCAUUGGUGAUGCUGUUGAAGCUUGGGUAAUUGAGAUGGAGAAGUAUUUUGAAUUUCGUAACAUGUCCAAUGAAACUAAAGCAGUAUGGGCUGCUUAUCAGCUUACUGGAGAAGUUGCGACAUGGUGGGACAAUGAGAAAUAUGAUAGGAAGUUACAACCCAGUGAUAUUACUUGGGAACUAUUUCUGCAAUCAUUUAGGAAGAGGUGGCUUCCUCAGUUAUUCUUUGACAAGAAGAUGACUAAAUUCUUGAAUCUGAUGCAAGGUGGUUUGACGGUUACUCAAUACUUGGAGAAUUUCACCAAUCUCCUAAAGUAUGUUCCACAGUACCUGAUGGAUGAAUGA